AUGGCAACGGACGCCGGGUUCUGGACUCCGCGGGCGGCGCAUGGCCUAGCGGCCACCUCCGCAACUCCCAUGGAGGUCUGUGGCGACUCGGCGCCCGAGACCGAGGAAUGCUGGAGGAUUAUCAGGAAUCUCGAGUCCACUCUUGAACAAUUUCGGCUCAGUCCCAGAUUUACCAUUUCAGAUGAUUUGAAGGUUGGCUUUUUCAGCACAGACCAUGCCACUCAAACAGAUUCCAGUGAGAUUCUGCCAUUGAAAGAGUUGAGCUUAGCUACACAAAAUCUAGUGCAGAUUACUAAAUCCCUACAGGUGGAUUUUGGGUUCCUCAAGCAAUUGAUGCAACUGAAGUUUGAGGACCGUCUUAAAGAGGAAUCUUACAGACUCUUCACUUCUCUACAUGACAGGAUCAUGGCCAUUGAAAAACAUUACCAACAGAAUGGAGAGAGCUUACGAAAAUGCUACAAUCAGCAGCUGGCCGAUGCCAUAGGUACUAUCAAAGGAAUGUACCAGCAAUACUUUGAGGUAGAAGAAGAGAAGACAUCCCUGCAUGACGCAAUGACUGUCAAAAUGAACAUUUUGUUAAAAAGACUGAGGGAGAAAGAAGAAGUCAUUAAGGAAUUAAGAGAAGAACUAGACCAAUAUGAAGAAUAUGGAUUUCAAAGAGUUGAUUCUUUUACCAAAGAGAGCAGCCCUCUGAGAACAACUCUAGAAAAGGAAAAUUUGGAGUUCAAAACGGAAAAUGAGAGACUGCUUCAAGUCAUUUCAGAACUCGAAGAAGAAAUCCAGCUCAAUGUAAAAGAAAAUUCAGUAUUAGAAGAUGAAAUUAUAAGUCUGAAAGAGAUGGCAGAAAAGGAUCAUAAAACUAUUCAAAAGCUAAUUGAUGGCAGAGACAGAUUAAUAAGUGAGCUUGAGCUUGAAAAAUCAUUAGUUCAAGAUAUGGUUAAUAAGCAGAAAGAGGAACUUGAAAUGAGAAGAAAGUAUGACGCCAUAGUUGCCAAGAGCCCCAGAAGCACCAAGGGGAAAGAAAUCCCUUCAUCCCAGUGGCCCUCACAGAUUAAGAGUGCAGGUGUAAGUACUCUGAGGCCGCGUUCUUCCUCCGUCGGUUCAUCGCCUUCUAAGAUCAAGAGGGUCAAGAGUUCAAAGAAGACUUUAAAGGAGGAGCCACCCACGGCUACACAUGCAGGACCUGCUGUGAUGCAUGGGGAAAAGAUGCAACUAUCAGUGGCUAAGAUUGAAGAAGAGAAACGUGUUUUGGAAGAGCAAAUACAAGUAUUAAAGUCUAAGUUAGAGAAAGAGAAAAAGAAGUCAGAAAGGAUUAAAAAGGAAUCAGAACAUAUCAGCAAAAACUGGGAAAAGAAAUUCUUAAUUCUCAGAAACAGCUUUCAUGCCCUUAAGAAUGAAAUGUUUACUAGGCACACAUUAUUUCGACAGUUUGCAGUGCUGGCUGAUACAUCCUUCAAUUAUGUUAAAGUUAAACCUUUAUUUGUGCAAUCCAGAACGAACUUGGCAACAGUGAUGACAUCUGCUACAAGUGUUGAUCAUUCGCCUUCGGUAGACAUCAAGUAUGAAGAUGUAGGCAGCAAUCAGAUUUCCCUCCCACUUUCACCACAAGUGAGGUCAGAAAAUCUGGAGGAAGAAUCUCAGAAGAAGCAGUCGACGCCCCAGAACACCACAGAGAGUGACACGGCUGCUCCCAAGUAGCGGCAAAGAACACUGCGCUGCUCAGAGAGGGAUCUGGUGGGGCAGAAAGAGGGCCCUUACCACCCUGGCGUAAGGCCUGCCUCCCUGACGAGGGACACUGUCUUCAAGGCGUUUCUAACCUAACUGUACCGUCUUCAGAUGCCGCAUACUCAUUGGCGCAUCGCACUUGAAAAGAACGCGAAGUGCGCUCUCUGUGCGCGCUUUGUGCGCACCUUUCCAAACGCUUCAAGAAACCGCUGGCUCGUGCGUGGUGAGCGGGGCGCACAGACCCUGAGCCGCUGCCACAUCCAUCCGGGCACUCCCUGGGCUCAGCGGGUCGCCCCAGCGCCUUAGGGUGGGAAGGAACGAACUUCAAUUAAAACUUAAAAGCUUGAGGCACUAACCCUGUGUCAUUCCCUCUCUAAUCUACCUGGAAUCCCUGUAACGCUAAGUCAAACUGAUUUGCUGUCUACUCAUCCACCAACUGAUCCAUAAAGGCGUACCAGAAAACCUCGAAGGAGAUUUUAAAUGUCUUCCAAGGAGGUCCACUCUUA